AUGUUUGAGACAGAGCCAGAUCGAAUCCCAAGCAGUUUUGAAUUGCUAGGCUGGCUUCAAGAACCAUUUUCCCAACCGAUUGAAAUUCCCAAGAUGAUAUAUGAAAUUUACAUUCGACCAAACCUUUCUUUGCAAGAUUCGAAUAAAUUUUUUAGAAGUUCAGAUGAGUUCUCCUUUCGAGUGAUGAGUGAUAUCAUCGCUAUAAUUAACCCACCCACAACUGGCAAUACCGAAGAUUCUUUUCACUCAUUUUGGGAUGCGCUCAUCAUAAAACCCAUUAAUAUAGCAUGCCCUAACGGAAAAUAUAAUCGAAAUUCGUCUUCUAAUACAUCUACAAAAAAGCUACGUCCUGACUUUUCAUAUACGUUGGAUGGUGCCUGUCUCGCAAGAGGAGAAGAAAAAGGUCCAAACACUGAUAACGAUCCAGCAGAGGAAUUGACAUCAAAGUUAAUAUGGACGUACGGAUCUUGCCCCUAUAUAUUCGGUUACUAUGCUCGUGGCUUUGAUGUAACUUACUGUUAUUUAUACAAUGAAGAUAAUCAAGUAUAUCGGAAAGAUUUAAUCACUUGCAAUCUUAAAACAUUAAUUGGGCGUAUGAAUGCUUUCGUAAUCGGAAGAAACAUUGGUCGAUUAUUACCCCUUAUUCGUAAAGGCCUUGGCGAUUCUUUUCACAAAGAAUUUUAUAUAAUUCAUCGACCAAAUUCUCAAAAGAUAAUUGAACUAAUGCAAAAUGUGGUGGUGAAACGUUACACUAGUAAAGCAGAUUUUCCUGCGAAACUUGAGAAAAUUUAUCGUAUGAUGGAUGAUAGACAAGUUCCUUAUGUUGAUCACAUAGUUCAAAUGAACAAGGGAGAUAAUGAAAAGUUGCCAAAUAUUAUUUUUUCGCCAAAGGGGUUGAUACACAGACCAAGUUCGAUGAAGCAACUGGUAAUUGCUUUGUAUUGUGUUUUAUCGGCUCUAAAGGUUCUUCACGAAAUAGGGUAUAUUCAUCAGGAUAUCCGAUGGGAAAACGUAUUGAAAUAUAUCGAUCGUAACGCUUGGUUUAUCAUCGAUUUCGAAGAUGCAUCCGAAUAUCCUGCGCCUGGCAUUCGACACUUAGAUAGAUCCAAUCAUUCUCCGGAAAUUUUUAAAGAUUUUCACGAUACAAGCGUUGAUAUGUGGUCCAUAGGAUAUUUAAUCAUGACGGCUCAUGUGAAACUUCCAAUCAAUGAAACGUUAAGAAAGUACGCAAUGGAAUUGAUGAAAGAAAAUGCACCCAUAUCAGCUGAAAUAGCUUUAGGUUUUCUUUGGCAAAAUUAUAAAGAAAUUCUUAGACUUGAGGGAUUUUUUCGAGUAACAAACAGAUAA